AUGAAAGGGUCUCCUUCUGGCCAAGGCCCACGGACCUAUCGGCAACAUCCCUCCGGAGCUCUGUCACCGGCGUCGGCGGAACGCAGAGAGAAGGAUGAGGGCGGCGGAGCGGCGGCGGGUGACUCUUCCCCGCGGCGGUCGGGAUGGCCGCGGGGCCCCGGAGAGCGGCUGCUGAGCGCGGCGUCCCGGGCAUGCGGCGGCGGGGAGCAGCAGCCGCCGGCAGCGGGGACGCCCCGGCAGGCGGGCGGCCCCUUGAGCGAGACUGAAGGAGGAUGGAGCCACAAAGGAGUUUGGCUGACACGUGCGGCGGGGCGGCCGGCGGCCGCGGCUAGGGCCACCCCCCUCUCUUCCCUCCUCCCCUCCCGCUAUGCUGCGCUCCCCGCCGGGCCCUCAGCGCGCUCGACGCACAGCGGCGAUGGAGCCGGCCGGGCUGCUCUGAGGCCGCGGCCGGACCCAGCAUGGCCUCGGCGGCGACCCCGGCACAGAGGCGCCCCGGGGCGGAGCGGCCGGCGGUGGGGGGCCGGGCGGAGGCGCCGCGGUGCCGCAGCCUGCCCGCUCUCGGCGGGGCGGUGCCGCCGCCCGCGGGGCCGCGCUCGGUUCCCCCCUGGCGGCCGGGGGGGCGGCGGCGGCCGGGCGAGUCCUGCCGCAGGACCGGCUCCCGAGAGCGGUCGAGGCGGGGGCAUCGCCGGCGCCGGGGCUGCCCGGCCUCUCGCCGGAGGCGGCAGCUUCCCCCGGAGUACGGAGUGUGGGCAGCCGGCGGCGGCUCCCAUCCUAGGGGUGUCCCCGGGCCCCCCGCUACCGCCGACUCCGCUGCUGCUGGCGGGGCCUCCCGGCAGGUCGUGCCUGCGGGCCGUUCUGGCUGACUCCCGCUUCUUCUUAGUGUGCAUGUGCUUCUUGACCUUCAUCCAGUCCCUCAUGGUCUCCGGCUACCUGAGCAGCGUCAUCACCACCAUCGAGCGGAGAUACAGCCUGAAGAGCUCGGAGUCGGGGCUGCUGGUCAGCUGCUUUGACAUCGGGAGCCUGGUGGUGGUCGUCUUCAUCAGCUACUUUGGAGGGCGGGGACGGAGGCCGCUCUGGCUGGCUGUAGGGGGGUUCUUCAUUGCCCUGGGGGCUGCGCUCUUCUCCUUACCUCAUUUCAUCUCUCCACCGUACCAGAUCCAGGAAUUGAACUCGUCCAUCAGUAACGAGGGCUUGUGCGUGACUGGCAAUGGCACCGCCAAAGAGCAGUGGGACUCGCCGGCGUGUGUCAAGGACUCUGGUGGAAAUGACCACUCUGUCUAUGUAGCUUUAUUCAUUUGUGCCCAAAUCCUCAUUGGCAUGGGCUCAACACCCAUCUACACCUUGGGACCAACCUACCUAGAUGACAAUGUCAAGAAAGAAAACGCCUCGCUUUACCUAGCCAUCAUGUAUGUAAUGGGAGCACUCGGUCCUGCAGCUGGAUACUUGCUAGGAGGACUUCUUAUUGGUUUCUAUGUUGAUCCCAGGACAACUGUUUAUAUUGACCAGAGUGAUCCCCGAUUCAUUGGAAACUGGUGGAGUGGAUUUCUCCUUUGUGCCAUUGCAAUGCUCCUUGUGAUAUUCCCCAUGUUUACCUUUCCGAAAAAGCUCCCGCCUCGACAUAAAAAAAAGAAAAAGAAAAAGAAGAUGAACUCUGAUGAUGUUUCAAGUGAUGAUGAAGUCAUGAAAGAGAAAACAAAUAGCAAAAUGCAAGCAGACAGUGCAGUUCCUGCCUCUAUGGGAUUUGGGAAGAAUGUUAAAGAGCUUCCAAGAGCAGCUGUCAGGAUCUUAAGCAACAUGACAUUCCUUUUUGUGAGUUUGUCAUACACAGCUGAGAGUGCCAUUGUCACAGCUUUUAUUACCUUCAUUCCCAAGUUCAUCGAGUCACAGUUUGGCAUCCCAGCUUCCAAUGCCAGCAUCUACACUGGUGUGAUUAUUGUCCCCAGUGCUGGUGUUGGUAUUGUCCUAGGUGGCUACAUUAUAAAAAAGCUGAAACUUGGUGCAAGAGAGUCUGCAAAGUUGGCUAUGAUCUGCAGCGGUGUUUCUCUGCUCUGCUUUUCAACUCUCUUCAUUGUUGGAUGUGAAAGCAUUAAUCUAGGGGGAAUUAAUAUACCUUACACGACUGGUCCCACUCUUGCCAUGGCCCACAGGAAUCUGACUGGGAGCUGUAAUGUUAACUGUGGAUGUAAGAUUCAUGAGUACGAGCCUGUCUGUGGAUCAGAUGGAAUAACAUAUUUUAAUCCUUGCCUAGCUGGCUGCAUCAGUGGUGGAAACCAUAGCACAGGGGUAAGAAAUUACACAGAGUGUGCCUGUGUCCAGAGCCGCCAGGUGAUCACUCCGCCGACAGUGGGCCAGCGCAGUCAGCUCCGCCUGGUUAUUGUCAAAACCUACCUGAAUGAGAAUGGCUAUGCUGUUUCUGGGAAGUGUGAUCGAACCUGCAACACACUUAUCCCCUUCCUGAUAUUCCUCUUCAUUGUCACCCUUAUAACAGCAUGUGCCCAGCCAUCAGCAAUCAUCGUGACACUCAGGUCUGUCGAAGAUGGGGAGCGGCCCUUUGCACUAGGAAUGCAGUUUGUGUUGUUACGAACCCUUGCUUACAUUCCCACUCCAAUUUAUUUUGGGGCUGUUAUUGACACAACAUGCAUGCUUUGGCAACAGGAUUGUGGCGUACAAGGAUCUUGUUGGGAAUACGAUGUCACAUCAUUUCGCUUUGUCUACUUCGGGUUGGCAGCUGCUCUCAAGUUUGUGGGUUUCUUUUUUAUUUUCCUGGCUUGGUACUCCAUAAAGUGUAAAGAAGAGCAACUGCAGAGACAGAGAUGGAGGGCUUCACCGGUGAACACUGUGAGUGAGAUGGUUGGCCAAGCUGGACCCCAACAGAACUAUGCACGAACUAGAUCCUGCCCUACCUUCAGUUCCCGGGGAGAUUACAGUAUGGCACAAGGAAUGAACUGCGUAGCACAGACAUACCCCGGCCCUUUUUCAGAAGCAAUAAAUUCCUCAAAUGAAAAUGCAUUGGAAGAAGUCACUGCUGAGAUAUAGAUCCCUGGCUUGGUAAUGUAAUAUUUAGUUUUGUUGGUUGACCUAAUUACGGCGCCUUGUUAAACACCUGUGCCUUCUAUUUUUAAUCUAAAUGUAACACGUGAUAAAACCAACAAAGCUUAAUGCAAACCACUGUAGUAUGUUCCUGAGGGCUGGAUACCUCAAAACACCCCAAGUUCUUAUUUUCCCUCUCCCAACAAUGAAAUUUUAAAAAUUGUGUUUGUGAUUAUUUCAGAUGUGUCCAUUCAAUGUCCAUGCUCUGAUCUCAUGUCGAUGUAAGGGUGAGGUAUUAUGAACAGCAGAAGUUCAUGGAAGAGUGGCAAAACCUCAUAUUGUUGAUGUUUAAAUGUCACAAAAAUGCUUACAUGUAUUGUCAACUUCAUAUCUGCAAAUUGUAUUUCUAAGAGAAGAGUAAUUACUGUGAGUUCUGCUACAAAGCACAACUGAACUUGUUUAAACUAUGCAACUUAUUUGGAUAAUUUUAUGUGCAGCAAGUUAAGUUUGAAGUUUGCUUUUAAAUACACUACUGCAAGUGAAUUUGAAAGGGACUAUUUUCAGACACAAGCAUUAAAUUAAAAAAAAUAACAUAAGGUUUAAAGUACUGUUAAUAACAUGUUAAGCCAUACAAAAGUUAUGCAUCAGGUAAAGUUUGCUGAUGUUGAGUCAUAAUAUCUUCAUCCUGUCAAUAUGUGCAUUAAUUUUCAUUCGAUGGGCUGUAGUCAAUAUUCACAAAGUACACAGGCUAGGGAAGUAUAAUGCUUGUAGUAAAAACCAUCAGUAUUAAUUUAUAAUAACAUUAAGAUGUAGGAAUCAUACACACAUACCAGAGUGGAUCGGUGCAUAUUCCUGUAAUGCCAUUUGAGUGGCUGUUUCUAGUGCCAGAUCCAUACUUUUCCUGAGAAAGAAAACAACCAGUUAUAGCUUGACAGGAAGAGCUUGGCUGUCCUUCAGAAAUGGGUGCCAGUCUUGUUCAGCUCUGGUGAAAAAAAAACUGAAAGGGAGAGCAGAUGGACUCCUUCCAUGUCUGAGUGGCCACCUGGGAGCUGGCAGACCCUUGGCAGUCAGCGAUGGUGCUGGGUCCAGCUUGGCUGCUGGAGGAGGGACCAGAGAGGCCUUCAAGUGUGCUGCAAGCAGCCUGCCUGCCACAGUGCCUGGUAUGAGGCUUUCCCCUCCCCUCCUGGCACUGCUAGGGUGCUGUGCUCCCUGUCACCGGAGAUAGCUGGGGAGGGAGUACCAGCUCAGACCUCUGGUUCCUCUUCUUUCUGCCCCACUUCUGCUUCUCCCACUGCCCAGUGCUGCUGGAAAAGCAUGGGGGGCCCAGUUGUAUGGUUUGUCCCACACGUGGCUGCCUUUCCUCUUGUCAGUUUCAUCAAAAGCUUCUUGGAAGGCCAAGAGUGAGCCAUCAUCUCUCCAUUGCCCUUCCAGGGGAAGAGCUAAGAAUAGAAGUUGUCUGCAAGCAUGGACCCAUGGGACGUGAUGUGGCCUUUGCUUAUUCCAAAUUGAUAUAGCAUGUUGUAUCCCCAGGAGAUGCUGAGAAUUUCUGAUCAAGUGUGCUCGGCAUUUCAUUUCUUGCUCUGGUGACUUUGUAGUGCCAGUCUCAUGAUGUAGUAGUGGUAUCUCAAAGACCAGAGAAUGAUUUCAGGUGGGCACUAGGAAGCUGAAGCUGUAUUUGCCCCACAGGAAAAGUCUUAGAAGUUUAGGGAAUUCAAAGUACUUUUUUAAAAGGGACUCUGGUAGUCAGAUUUGAAUUUUGCCAUGUAGAGAGCAAAUAAAUAGGGAAGAACAGAUCUUCUACAUAUUUUUAAAGGAGUUACUCCUUUUUUGCUUUAUGAUAUCAGAGAAUCAUAGAAU